UUCUCUGGACUAUGAGAAGGCCAGCAUGGUGAGUGUUCGUCUGGGCCUGGUCACCUCAUCAGGCCGUGCAGAGCAGACCUUCCAUAUCAGGGUGGUGGAUGAGAACAACACACCACAGUGUGAACCUCUGCUCCAGCUGCCUGGUAACACAACCUCACCUCAACCACUACACAUACAUUAAACACUGUUUCAAGGCUAUUACAUGUUUAUUACGAUGUUAUACGGUCAGUGUAUUGUCGAGGGACGUUGUAAUGAGUAGAUGGUCUGAUGAGUGUUUGUGUACAGGAGUUGAGGUUCAUGUCCCAGAGAACCUUCCUGUUCCUGUGACUCUCUACACUGUCCUGGCCUCCGACGCAGACCGCAAUGACACACUCUCUGUAAUAAACACACUACCUCCUCAUGACUUUCUGAUCUCAACUGUAUUACUGUACCAAGACAUUGCCUAAUCCUACUCAGUGUAGGUUUAGACCGAGUGUUGAUACCCGUUCAGGUUUGUGGGUUUGUGUUGCAGUUCUCUAUCAGUCAGGUCUUGCCCGACUCCUCCAAAGGACAGUUCCACAUCAGUGGAGGUGGCAUCAUCUUCUCAAGCCAACCAUUUGAUUACCACACAGGACCAAGGGAGUUGAUGCUGUCGGUGGUUGUGAGAGACAAACAAGGGGCUAACUGUACUGGGACAGUCAGGAUCAAGGUGCUGAAAGUCUACAACCCUCCUCUGGAUCUGCUUCUUGUUUCCCAGAAUGUGUCCAUCUUUGAGAACCAAGGACCCGAGGAUAUUGUAGCUACUGUCAGAGCUAACCUCACCAUCCCUGAUGUACUCUACACUUUUGUGAAAGAUUAUCCCCAUUUCAAGAUUGGUAGAGAGGACGGUGUCAUCAGAACAGCCUAUAACCUGGACCUGGAGGCGGAGCGGGCCCUGGCCCAAAGUGUUCUAUUGGUCAGAGCCUACAGCGUGGCAGUGGAACGCUCCGCUACCGCCACUGUCACGGUCAACGUUUUGGAUGUCAAUGAGUUCCCACCCUUCUGCUCCCCCUCAGUGUUUGUGCUGGAGGUGUCAGAGACCAUUGAGGUGGGCAGCAGCCUGGGCUCACUGACCUGUGUUGACAUUGACGUCAGUAACCAGAGUGUGUCUCUCACACUCGUCGGUAACAGAUUAUCACUGCUCAAAUUCCGCCUCAAAGACGGACAGCUCCAGGUUAACAACACUCUGAACUACGACUCUGCUGAGAUGGCCACCAAUAACUUCCAGUAUGAGGCCACCAUCUUGGCUACGGACACAGGCACCCCUCCUCUCACAUCCCAGGUGCGUGUGCUGGUCAGUGUGACCCCAGUCAAUGAACAUGAUCCAGUGUUUCAGACGUUGUUCUUCAGUGUCCCAGAGGGCACCAGGCCUGGUACGGCAGUGGGGACGGUGGUGGCCAGAGACACAGACUGGCCCUUUGACAACAUCCACUACUCAAUCACUACAGGAGACACCAUGUUCACUAUUGACCCUGAGGGAGGGGAUCUGUAUCUGGGUGGAGAGCUGGACUUUGAGGAGCAGCAGGUGUAUGUAGUGGGGGUUCAGGCUGAGGAUUAUGAGCAGGAUAUGGACCGUAACAACCGCAAGAGAAGAACAGUGGACAUCACCAUACAAGUGGAGAAUGUGAAUGAUAAUGCUCCAGUGUGUGACCCAAUCUCCUAUGAGUCCACCAUCUUCUCCACCUUCUCUAAUAAACUCCCCAUCCUCUCACUCAGCUGCGCUGAUGCAGACAGCGACAGACUAACAGCUACCAUCACUAACGGUGCUGCAGUGGACCGGUUUCUGAUGACCGGGUUGAGUCUCGUCUCCAAAAACGUGUUCUCCUACGUGGUGGAUGGGGUUUAUGACCGCACCAGGUUUGAAGUCACCAUCUCUGUGUCGGAUGGCAGGCAUCACACUGAGGCUGUGGCCUACAUCUACGUAGUUCCCUGGACCACUACUGUUCCUACUACUUCUACUACUACUACCAUCACUACAGCUAAACCUCCACAGGUGGUCACAGUGAUGUCAGACUACUGGGAUCCAGAGCCUUGGUUUGUUGCUGUGGUGACGGUUACCGGCGUCCUGCUCCUGCUGGUCACAAGUCUGCUCAUCUGGGCCAUUCUGAGCCGGUGA